GUAACGGGACCAAGGCGGAGUUAGCAACGUUAAACGAGAGCACACUGAGGGUCCGGAUUGGUGCCAAUCGGAAAAAAAAAUUGCCAUCAGCGCCAUCUACCUGGGCACACAGUGGCACAAACCCAGGCUGAGAGAAAGGGGAGCAAUUCUAAAGUGGAGUUCUGGACUGGAGGAGCAGCUCAGAUGGGAAAAUGUCCGAGACGAGUUCUACCAGCUCUGGGUCUACUGCGGGUUCAGGCAGUCGUGUUUUACAGCUGGCGAGCAGAGGAGAAUGGACAGCCCUGGAACAAGCUUUGAAAAGCAUUGACAAGGGAGACCAGGACAUCUCUCACACGGACGAAGAAUCUGGUCUAACCCCACUUUUGAUUGCUGUUCGGGAAAAUAAAUUGGCAAUUGUGGAAAAACUACUUGAGUUAGGAGCCAAUCAGAUUGAUCGGUCAAAGGCUAAACCAUUGGAACUGUACUGCUCCAUUGUUACAGCAUUCCUAAUCCUCCAACCCCAAAAGGGUGGAAGGACCGCACUGCACGUCGCUGCAGCACAUUCAAAGGAAGAGAUUGUUCGGCUGCUUCUGGCAAAGAGAUGGGACCCUAAUCUCACUGGAGGGCAUAAGGAUCAGUUGCCUCUACAUUUUGCUGCCAGUCGACCCAGUGGUGCUCUCAACAUAGUACAGAUGCUACUGAGGUCCUCAAACAAAGAUGCUCGAUUGAUGCAAGAUAAGGAUGGCUGCAUUCCCUUGUUUCUAAGUGCUGAAGUUGGUAAUGUCGUAGUGUGCAAGGAACUACUCAGUGUUAAUGCUGAUCUACAACUCAGGACACAACGGAAGGAUGAUGGGGAUACAGUCUUACAUGUUUGCUGCAGAAAGAAAGAUCUAGAAUUGGCUAAACUCAUGGUAGAGCUUGGUGCUGGUGUGGACUUUCAGAAUAAAGAAGGUCAAACUCCUUUGCAUAUUGCUGCCUCGGAAGGAGAUGAACUCAUGCUGAAGUUCUUCUAUCAGUACAAAGCCAAUCCAAACAUUACAGACAAGCUGGACCGGUCACCACUGCACGUUGCUGCUGAACGAGGACACACCAAUGUGGUUGAAGUAUUAACUGAGAAAUUUAAAUCUAAUGUACUGGCCCGAACAAAGGAUGGAAGUACUUUAAUGCACAUCGCCUCACACUGCGGCCACCCUGAAACAGUGCUGGCAUUCCUGAAAAAAGGAGUCCCUCUCCACAUGCCCAAUAAGUCUGGGGCAGUGUGCCUCCAUACUGCAGCAAAGAGAGGGCAUGCAACUGUAGUGAAAGUGUUACUCCAGAAGGGGGCGCAUGUUGAUGCAAAGACAAAGGAUUGCUACACAGCCCUACACAUUGCAGUGCAGCACUGUAAGCCUCUGGUGGUGCAGACCUUGCUGGGCUUUGGGGCUCAGGUUCAGCUCAAAGGAGGCAAGGUGCAGGAGACUCCACUGCAUGUUGCUGCUCAAGUAAAAGAUGGUGAGAAGGUGGCAGUAAUGCUGUUAAAAAGUGGAGCAGAAGUAAAUGCUGAGCAAGAGAAUAGUGAGACGGCCAUGCAUAUAGCAGCUCGGUACGGCAACCUGAAAAUGGUCCAAGCAUUGAUUGAGGAGGGAGGUGACCUAACAUGGCAGUCCAAGGCUGGAGAGAAUCCACUUCACGUUGCAGUCCGGCACUGUCAUGUCAAUGUUGUGGAAGAAAUCCUGAACUACCUGACCAAUGAGAGGAGUCGCCUCAAGGCUGUUGUGUGUGUCAACCAGGAAAACCAGGAAGGAGAAACAUGCCUGCACUUAGCAGCAGAGAUAACGAAGGACACGAUUCACUUCAAUCAAGAGGACACUAAGAUCGUUAAAAUUCUCUUGGAGUAUGAUGCUGACAUCACUGCAACAACAAAGCUGAUGCAUGAAACUCCAUUACAUUACUGUGCACAUGUCGGGAAUUCAGAUGUUCUUCUUGAAAUCUUGAAACACAUUGGCUCAAAUAGAAUGCAGCAGGCCAUCAAUAAACAGUCUAAGAAUGGCUGUUCACCAUUGCUUCUGGCUGCAGAGAGAGGACACACAGAGAUGGUGAAAAUAUUGCUGCUAAACCACGCUAGAGUGGAUGUAUUUGAUGAGCAUGGUAAAGCUGGGCUUCACUUGGCAGCAGAGAACGGUCAUGAUCAGAUCUCAGAUAUCCUGCUCUGGCACAAGGCCUUUGUCAAUGCCAAAACUAAGCUCGGCUUGACACCACUGCACCUGGGAGCACAGAAUGGUUACAACAGGCUGGUAAAGCUUCUGGUAGAGACCCAUGCCGCCAGCAUUGAUGCACUCUCUCUGUCGAAACGGACACCUCUACACCUGGCAGCAGCAAAUGGGCAGCUUGAUGUCUGCAACACUUUACUCAAGAUGAAGGCAGAUGCAAAUGCCACUGAUAUCCAUGGACAAACACCUCUCCACCUGGCUGCAGAGAAUAAUCACUCUGAGGUUGUGAAACUCUUCCUCAAACAGAAGCCUGAACUGGUGAUGUCUGCAAACAUGGAGGGGUCCACUUGUGCACACAUCGCUGCAUCCAAGGGAAGUGUUGCUGUGAUCAAGGGGCUGCUGAAGUUCAACAAAGCUGGAGUUACCAUGGCUCGGAAUAAGAAUAAAGACUCCAGUCCUCUCCACCUAGCUGCCGCUGGAGGUCAUGCUGAGGUUGUUAAGGUGUUGCUGGAGGCCGGUGCAUCUGCCACUGAUGAGAACGCUGAGGGAAUGAACACAAUUCAUUUGGCUGCUAAAAAUGGACACAUUAAUGUCCUUGAAGCUCUCAAAGGCACUCUGUCCUUUAAAAUAACCAGCACAAAGACUGGAUUCACAGCCCUUCAUGUGGCUGCACACUUUGGCCAGAUGGACUUUGUGAGGGAGAUUCUCACCAAGAUGCCGGCAACCAUAUGCAGUGAGACCCCAAAGAUCACCAGUGAGGGACAACUAGCAAAAAAGCAACCAAGUGAGUCAGGAUACACACCUUUACACUUGGCAGCACAGUCUGGGCAUGAGAACUUGGUCCGUCUUCUACUUAAUUACCCAGGGGUCCAGGUGGAUACUCAAACCAGCUUGCAGAGGGCCACCCCACUCCACCUCGCAGCACAGAAUGGUCACACUGCAGUAGUCGGACUCCUCCUGAGUAAAUCCACCUCUCAGCUGCAUCUGAAGGACAACCGGGGACGCACCUGCCUUCACCUGGCAGCUGCCAAUGGACACAUUGAGAUGGCCCGAGCUCUCCUUGGCCAAGGAGCUGAGAUCAAUGUCAUCGACAAGAAUAGUUGGACUCCAUUGCAUUUUGCAGCAAAGUCUGGUUCCCUGGAUACAGUACAGUUCCUGGUGGAAAAUGGAGCUUCUCCCAAGUUGGAAUGUAAGGAAGGAAAGACACCCAUUCAGUAUGCAGCAGCUGACCGCCACCAGGAGGUGGUGAGUUUUUUAAUCCAAAAGAAUAACAUAACCUUGAAACUGACAGAGGACCGCAAGUUCCUCUUUGAUCUUAUGGUCUGUGGAAAACUGAAUGGGAACAAGGUCAUUGAAGAGUUUGUUCUGCACUCAGCUGCCCCCAUGGACACGGCCAUCAAACUCUCCCAUGCUUUUGGCAUCACGGCUCUGAAAGAAAAGGAGAGAUACAGGGAGUGGCUGGAAGCUGCCAAGUACUGUGAGAACAUGGCCAGUGAGCUGCUUACAGUGGCGUCUGGUUGCAAGAGUGCUGGCUAUUUGCUUCGUGCUGUGGAUCAGCGAGGCACCAGCAUGCUGGACUCCUUAAUAGAGUGCGAACAGAAGGAAGUGGUAGCUCACCCAGCGGUGCAGAAAUACCUAACUGACGUCUGGUAUGGCAACUUGAAGUGGGCCCACUGGAAAAUAGUCCUUUUGUUUUUUAUCUUCCUCAUCUGUCCUCCUAUUUGGCUGCUCUUCUCCCUCCCAAUUCACCAGUUCAAUAGGAUUCCAAUUAUGAAAUUCAUGAGUCAUUUGGUUUCUCAUAUCUUCCUCCUGGUGCUGUUUAUACUAACAAUAGUCUAUCCCCCACUUAGCCCAAUAUAUGAAGGUCGGAUGCUUCCCUGUUGGAAUGAAUGGCUCCUGCUGGCUUGGCUUUCAGGAAUGCUGGCCUCUGAACUGACCCACCCAGGCGAGAGAGUCGGAUUGGCAUGGAUUCGGAUAUUUCUCUUGGGAUUUUCAGCCGUCGCUGUCUUCUGUCACCUGCUUGCUUUUGCCUUCCAGGACAAUGAGCGGCUGCACUGUUUUUUUGCACGAAAUAUUUUCCUCGCAGUAGCCAUGACCCUCUGCUUUGUGCAGUUUCUGGAGUUUCUCACCUUCCACCACCUCUUCGGCCCCUGGGCUAUCAUCAUCCGAGACCUGAUGAAGGACCUGGCCAGGUUUGCAAUCAUCCUUGCGCUGUUUCAUGCAGCUUUCACCAUGCAGCUCGUAGCAGUUUACCAACCUGUAUACCCUGCACCACCAGUCAAACCAUCUGCUGGAAAUAGAUCAGGUUCUGAAGAGGCACAUUAUGACAUUCAAGACCCAUUGGAUAUUACUGUCUUACUUUUCUUUGCUCUGUUUGGUAUGAUGGAUCCAGACUCCUUACCCAAAUUGUAUCGGACGCCCAUUUUUACCCAGUUCAUUGUCAAGUUUGUUUUUGGAAUGUACCUUGUCAUGACUCUAAUUGUCCUGAUCAACUUGCUGAUUGCUAUGAUGAGCGACACAUACCAGCGAAUCCAGGCACAGUCAGACACUGAGUGGAAGUUUGGGAGGGCCAUGUUAAUCCGUGACAUGAUCAGGAAAUCAGGGACCCCUUCUCCAUUUAAUCUAUGCACCAAUCUUUUCUACUACAUCAAAAUGCUGUGCAAACGUAGGGGUAAACUCUGCUCUACGGAAGGCCGGGAAUUGAUGAAUGAAGGAGAUAACCUCGACACCAUAUCGGAUACACGCUCCAUUGACAUGUUGCCGCAUGCAUCUGUCGGAUGGAUACAAAGCACCUCUAAAAGAGCAACACAAGUCUCUCCCGAAGCUGGAUUCUUGCGAGGCAUAAGGCAAAAUGGUCCAAUGCAAAUUGAAGAUAUUAUUGACUGGCACAAUGUAGCUUUUCGCUAUUUAACAAUGAAAGGCCAGACUGAUGGCCUGGUGUUGAUACAGCUCCAGCAUGAUGAAAGACCAAAGGUCUGUAAGUGUGAUUUUGGCACCAACUAUCAAACUUGACUUGCCAAAUCCCGAUAACCUCAAAAUCAUGAGGAUUGUAACAUUGUUCAGCUAUGUGUCUGCGUAACCAGUUAGUGGUUUCUGCACCUUUCAAGGUCAUCAACCAUAUAUCAAGCAGCUAUUCAUCGAGUAACGUUAAUCAGAGGAGAAGGAUCAUCAUAACCAUUGAUGUGUAAUAAAGUGUGGUUUUUAUUCAUUAAGUGAUUAUUAUUUUAUUUAAAGGAUUUUACAUAGCAGUACAAUUGCUUAGCAGAUCUGUUUUUACUUGGUAAGACAAAUGGCAGCAUGUAAUUCUCCCCAUUUGGCACCAUGUUGCAAUGUAACGUGAGACAAAUUGAGUCCAUCGUGUAGUUAUGACAGGCAUCUCACUGAUUUUAAAGUUCAAAGUAAACUUACUAUCAAAGUAUAUUUAUGUCACCAUAUACCACCUUGAGAUUCAUUUGCAAGCCACUGAAAUAAUGUCCAUAUUUUCUGUAAGCUGGGAAGACAAACCUUCCUCUGAGAAAAAUGAAGAAGGAAAAUGAUGGAUUGCAGGGAGGUAUGAAUGGCUGAUAUUGAAAUAUUAGCCAUAAAAUCAAUUUACUCCCAUCAUGAAGCAAAAACAGAAAAUGCUGGAUAAACUCAGCAAAUUGGCAGCAUCAAUGGGGAGAGAAAUAGUUAUUCUUUUAGAUCUGAGGCCCUUUAUCAGAAAUGAAAACAGAGAAACAAAUUAGUCCAGGCGGCAGAGAAGUUAGUGAAUCCGAAUGGCCAUAAUUUAUUUUUAAUUUUUAUUUAUUCCCACAUCCAGUCGUCCAUAUUUCCUUGUUCAUUCUAUCUUGCUUCAUAUUUUGCUAGAAUUUUAUUUCCAUUUCUAGGGCACUGAAAAAAUGUGUAUUUCUAAUGCCUCUUUGAUCUGGCCAGAAAUGCCAUUCUGGACAUAACAUUUAGUUAUCUCCAAAUGUAGAAAGCUUUCUGGCAACUGCUGCAAGGUUCCAGCGGGGUAGGUUAAAAUUAAGGUGCAUAUUGCAACAUUUGAUUUUUGGGUUAAUUUUCUCUUUCCAUUUUUUAACCACACUUAUUCUGAUUGAAGUACCUUCUUCUUUCAUAAAACAUGCUUGUUAUAAGGCAUUUUCCAUAAAUGCAGGGUGCAGAGAGACCUCACUAAUCUCACUGUGCUCCACUUGGUUCUUCACCCUCCCCUCCCCUCCCAUUUCAACAAGUUCACUCACAGAGCUCAUCUCCUUCUGAUCUUUCUGUAGUCUGCUCAGACUGUUGACCUGUUGUGUCAAAACAUGGGUUAGGAGAUGUUCCAUCACAGACGUGGUGUAAGUAGACAUAUUGUGGUUAGUAUCAGGGAUUGGUGUUGGGAGGGGGGUGGUUAGUAACAAGAUUGCUAGAAUCAUUCCUCUCCCUGCCUGGUUAUUUGGUGCAUUCCUCUCCGUAACCACUUAGUUCAUCAUUUCCCUGGUGCGCUCAAAAACCAGACUAACCCCAUGUUCAAUGAAUUCUGACUUUCAUUAAGGCCAAAUGAAAUGUUAAUUUAUAAAUAAAUAAACAAUUUCUUUCUGCAAUUUCAACGGUGACUGUCGCUUAGAUAAAGCAUCGCACAUUUUGUAUGGAGCCUAGAUAUAGUAGAUAGGAAGUAUCUAUUUCCCUUGCAGAAAAUCAAUAACACGUGGACUUAUACUUAGAAUAUGAAAAAUGAAUAGGAUAUUUUCCUCCCAGUAAACUGGGAAGGCACAGACCUCAGAGCCCAAAUGGAUAGCCAA